CCGGAAACGACUGUCAACGCGUUUAAAUAAAUACAAAAAACAGACAGAAAAAAAACCAAGAAAUGUCCAACAUUGUCUAGAACCUCCGUUCAUUGUGACACAAACCACCAAGGGCCAUGCAGAGUCUGUCCCCGGUCCUCAAGCAGCAGAGCCCGCUGGAGGCCCACUGACUCCCAGGUUUGCACUUCCCAGUCUGCCAGAGACCACCUGGCCAUGUCUCGCCAGCUGGCCGCCAUCAUCACAACGCUCCUCGGGGCCACCUUUGGCGGUCUGCUCCUGUGGCGAGCGUACGGCACCAAGCGGAAGAGGCUCCCCUCCAUUCAGAGGGUGGCUGAAUUCGCGCCUCCUGCCUGCGCCGACGUGCCGCCCGCGGAAGACCAUGGCGACCGGCACACCUCGCCGGGGGAGCCCAUGGCCUCGGAGUGUCCGGCGGCCUCCCCCGUGAGUUCGGAGCAGCUGCGGGGGCUGAAACUGGCGCUGGUGAGCUCCCAGGAGGAGUGGCAGGAGAUGUGGCCGCUGAUACAGAAGGACCUGGUGCUGUUCCCCGUGCUGGGACUGGACUGUGAAUGGGUGUCAAUGGAGGGCCGCCCCUCGGUGGUGUCCCUGCUCCAGCUGGCCUCCUGCUCCGGUCUGUGCGUCCUCGUGCGGCUCCUGGCGUUCCGUGACGGGCAGCGGUCCUUCCCGCCCGGCCUGGUGGAGUUGCUCCGCGACCCGCACGUUCUGAAGGCCGGCGUGGGCUGCUACGAAGACGGGAAGCGACUAACGCGCGACUACGGCCUCUCGCUGAACUGCUCGGUGGACCUGCGCUACCUCGCCUUGAGACAAAAGCAGGCGUCCGUCAGUAACGGACUGAGCCUGAAGUCGCUGGCGGCCGACGUGUUGAACGUCUCUCUGGACAAAUCUCUGCAGCUGCGAUGUAGCGACUGGGAGGCGGACCAGCUGACUCCGGAGCAGGUGGCCUAUGCAGCCAGGGACGCCCAAGUCUCCAUCGCUCUCUUCCUGUCCCUCCUGGGCCUCCUCUCCCAAGCCGGCGGGUGCUCCUACGUGGAUCUGGCCGCCCGCUGCCAGGGGCUGCUGGACGUGCCGUUCAGGGGCCGACGUGGCGGAGACAACAACGACGGCGGCGGCGAGAGGCGGCAACGGAAGCGCUCGUUGAAAAGCCCAGAGUCUGGAGAUCAGCAAGUCCCAGACCCCAGGAGAAACAAUAAGAGAAAGCCGCUGGGCGUGGGUUACUCUGCCAGGAGGUCUCCGCUCUACGACAACUGCUUCCUGCACGCCCCCGACGGCCAACCUCUGUGCACGUGUGACAAGAAGAAGGCCAAGUGGUACCUGGACAAAGGAAUAGGAGUUCUCCAGAGUGAAGAUCCAUUCGUGGUCCGGCUUCUCUUCGAGCCUUCCGGACGUCCGGACUCCCAGCAGGACUACUACCUCACGGCCAAGGAGAACCUCUGCGUGGUCUGCGGCAAAGCAGACUCCUACAUCCGGAAGAACAUCGUUCCCCACGAGUACCGGCGCCACUUCCCCUCCAAGAUGAAGGACCACAACUCUCAUGACAUCCUGCUGCUGUGCACCAGCUGCCACGCCGCCUCCAACGUACACGACGGCUUCUUCAAGGAGCAGCUGGCCGACGAGUUCGCCGCCCCGCAGGGCUGCGAGGGGGGCGUGCGCCUCAUGGAGGACGCGGACCGCCGGCGGGUGCGCUCGGCGGCCCGCGCCCUUCUCACUUCUGCCGACGGCCUGCCAGAGCAGCGACGGCAGGAGCUGCAGACGCUGGUCCGGCGCUUUUUUGCCGCGGGCGACGGGGGCGAGCCGAGCGGGGAGGAGCUUCAGCGGGCCGCCGGCUUGGAGACGAGGAUCUUCAACGAGGCCUACGUGCCGCACGGCCUGAAGGUGGUGCGCGCCCACGCCGAGCACGGCCUGCGCGGCCUGAUGGACCUGGAGCGGCGCUGGAGGCAGCACUUCCUCAACGCCAUGCGCCCCGAGUACCUUCCCCCGCUCUGGUCCGUGCACCACAACCACGGCAAGUUCCUCCGCAAGUACGGAGAAGACCUGCCCGUCAAACUCAACUAGAAGAGACUUACUGACCCCGCGCCCCGUGACCACUGUGGAGUUGUCACUGUGGGGGUCGGCACACUCCUGACCUGCAGCACUUUUUACACACGAACCUGACGUCAAAGAUUUUUUAACAGGAAAAAGCUUCAUCGCACUCGCAGGUGAGGCUCACACUUUGUGAAGAUGGUUGUCCUACCUUUUUUUUUUUCCGCUCUCCCGCCUGCUUCCCCUUCCCUAAAUAUUGUCCGUAUCAAGGCAAUAGAUUUAGAAUCUCCCUCAAGGGGAGAUUUGACGCCUCGCAGGCGGGAGAGCCAUGCUAACGCGAGCUCGCUCCUUUUCCCGGUUCCCCUCACUAACGCGCCACCCCCCGGCGGUGGCGCUCCCCCCCACAGGGUGGGACGUCUCCGAGGUCCAUGUUCUAGUGGGCUUCCUAGUCCCACGAGACCCCUGGAAGGGGUGCGCUCCACGCCCGGGGACGUGACUUUGCAUCCACUGCAGUUAAUUUCACUUUGCGACGUCCUUCGACAACAUACCCCCCCAAAAAAAACGCUAGCUGGCUCGUUAGCGUGACGACGACACAACCUCAGAGCAGAGAAAUUAAAUCUUUUGUACGUUUUGUCUCCCUAAAUUCUAAAUGAAACCCAGAAUAAAGUUUGUAUUCAAAGAGAAACAAACAAGCCA